CAGAGUUGAAAGCUCAGCGUGACAGUGUGUGUGAUGAUCUCUCCCGUUUGACUGAAUAAUAUGGGACAUAUUUGGAUAUUUAUGAGAAUUUACAGCACGAGCAAUAACAUCGAGCGCAUCGGAUUAUCGCGCGAAAGCUGAGAUCACAGACGAUCAGCGCGAAGUUACACGAAUCUUUGUCAUUUUUGCCACGCUAGCAUGGGCUGCUCAAGCUAACUUGAGUCCGACAGUGGGUUUUUACCUUUUGGUUAAAUUGUUGUUUUGCAUAUAUUUUGCGUCAGGAAUGAAUUGUGUUUUAAACACUGUAUGCUGGACUAAAGACUGAAAUAAGACGAAAUCAACGCUGCGCGUUUGUUGACUUGCUAAGCUCGCGGCUAGCGUUAGCCGCUGCUGUGUUUCUGCAUCAGAUGAACGCCUUGUUCUAGUCAUAUUUUCAUUAGUUGUAGUUUAACAAACAUAAUUUUUUGUUGGAAUUAUUGUUAUCGUUGUACAGAUACAUUAUACGGAUGGUAGAUGAAAGUGGGAUUAUUUCUUUGUGUUGACAGUUUGCCAGGCGCAUGCUAACAAUGCACUAGCUCAACAGCCUCAGCUUUCUUUUCUUUGUAUAAAUAAGUUUACCAAAAUAUAUAUACAUAUUUUAGAGACAUUGUCUGAUAAAAGUUGAUGAAUUUUUUUAUGUGACUAUUAUUUAAGCGUGUGUGUAAAAAUGUAAACAUUUAGUUUGCCAGUUAAAAAUUGCAGUGUUUACGUUAACUCACAUCUACGUUCCUGGCUAAUAUUAUUUUACAAUAUUAAGAUGAGUGGGCAAGGGUGAAAUUGUAAAAAACUGUAACUUUUCAUCGACGCAAGUUUGUAUUUACAAAUUGUUGAACCUGGACUAAAAGGGUGGUAAUGAUUUGAAUGGGCUUGUCUCUUGAUUUGGCCUAACACCCAUUUAAAGAUAAACCUGACAGAAGAGUUACAGACCCUCCGGAGAAAACCAUUGGCAUCACAGACGCUUCUCCCGUAUCGCUUGCUGUCACACUGGCGCUGAUGUGAGCAACCAUGGGCACUCAGGGAAGCCCUGUAAAGAGCUAUGACUACCUGCUCAAGUUCCUCCUGGUGGGAGACAGUGAUGUGGGGAAAGGAGAGAUUUUGGACAGCCUUCAAGAUGGAUCUGCUGAGUCUCCAUAUGCCUACAGCAGUGGAAUCGACUACAAGACCACCACGAUCCUGUUGGAUGGGCGAAGAGUGAAACUUGAGCUUUGGGACACAUCAGGACAAGGCAGGUUCUGCACCAUUUUCAGGUCGUAUUCCAGAGGGGCACAGGGGAUCCUCUUGGUUUAUGACAUCACCAACCGCUGGUCAUUUGACGGGAUAGACCGCUGGAUCAGAGAGAUUGACGAGCAUGCACCCGGUGUGCCCCGUAUUCUUGUGGGUAACCGACUGCACCUGGCGUUCAAACGGCAGGUUCCCACAGAACAGGCGCGUGCAUACGCAGAGAAAAACUGCAUGACGUUUUUCGAAGUGAGUCCGCUUUGCAACUUCAACGUCAUCGAGUCGUUUACAGAGCUCUCGCGGAUCGUGCUGAUGAGGCAUGGCAUGGAGAAGUUCUGGAGGCCCAACAGAGUAUUCAGCCUGCAGGACUUGUGUUGCCGUGCCAUCGUUUCCUGCACCCCCGUUCACCUCAUCGAUAAGCUGCCGCUUCCUGUGGCCAUCAAGAGCCACCUGAAGUCCUUCUCUAUGGCCAACGGCAUGAACGCCGUCAUGAUGCACGGCCGAUCCUACUCGCUGGCUAACGCCGCUGGAGGCAGCAAAGGAAACAGUCUCAAACGCUCCAAAUCUAUCCGGCCGCCUCAAAGUCCUCCCCAGAACUGCACCAGGAGCAAUUGUAAGAUCUCCUAGCCUGGGGACUUAGGGGUGGGGACAACCUCCCCUCCCUUUCUUUUGUAUAACACUCAGGUGCACACGGACAAACACACAGGGAAACUGGGGCGAUGAUGGAGCGGAGGCGUGGCACCUCUCGGUGUGCGGAGAGCAGGAUGUGCACAAAGACUUCCUGUCGCUAUACUUGAUGGCUACUACACCGAGUUCCACCCACCUUGCUGCAGUACAUUUAAUCCACACAUUCAGACGUGCUUGAUUUCGUAUCAAGUGACCACUGAUAGCAUGUGUUUUAUAAUGCACUAGCGCCCUCUGUUGGAGAAUUUAUGCUAAACAAGCUCUCAUUCCUCUGGUUUUGUUGUUUCUUACUCUUUAUUUCCUCAGUGAAUUCUCUGCCCUGCGAAUGGUAUACUUCAUUUCUGAGGCCUGUUAUUCAUGCAAAUGCUGAAGAACCCACAUGGUCUUGCAUGUGAGAGAGGUUUUUAAGUGCUGACGCUGAUUGACUUAGCGCUGUAUGUAUUAAAAUUUGACUUGCAAUGUAAAUCGGUGGUUUAAAUUGGUCAAUGCUACAGCUUGUGGUCUUUUGCACACAUGAUAACAUUUGAAAAGUGACUUUGAAAAGUUGUUGUUGACUAUGAAAAGGGUGCUAACCUAAGAGCGACAUGCGUGAUGUCCAUCUGUCCCGCUGGAAGGUGUAGAAAAUGAUGAGAUGUUCCUUGUUUGGUCCUUUUUUCUUUAACGUGCUGCAAAGUUCUCCUUAGAGGGCUGUGUUUGCUAAAAGUUUAUUUACUCGACCCCUUCUCAUUUCCUUUGCUUUUUAAGCAGGAAUGCUUGGAAUAUUUUAAUCCUAUACUGUUUGUAAUUACACCAGCCCUAAUGUCAAGAGGGCGUUACCACAGCUAACCCGCUGCCUAUAAUAGUCCAGAUUCCCUCAUUUUCCCCACUCUUCAGAAAGUGCCAUGAUUUCAAAGUCUAUGUGAUCUAUCCAUCAUCAGUGUUGUAGCAUGAGUUCAAAGGUUCGCUUAAAUGCACGUGGUGCAAAGCAUGGUUUUUGUGUAGAUGCACCAAAAUGGUGUCAGAAUGAAGGACUUGAGCAUAGAGUACAGCUUGCUUCAAAAUAAACUAAAUCUUGACACACCACAAGUGCAGGAAUAACAAGGUAGCACAAUGUCACCUGCUCUAUAAUCUUUGGUUUUUCGCUAUGGUAGCCUGUCAGGAGCAACAGAGCUUUUUUCCAGGUCUUGGAAAAUCUGUGAUCGGUGGUUGUUGAAUAAUUGAUGCCGUUCUCGCAAAUCCCCAGAGAUUUCACUUCAAAUCAGACUCCCUGACCACUCUUUCAUGUCUGUUCAUACCGGCAGAGAAUAUCUUAUUUCUUCUUUAUCUUCAUCUCAGGGACGAGCCCCGGCCCCCAGCGGCAGAUCUGCCCAAUGAAGCCUGCUUGAAACGGGCUGAGUGACGGACUGCCAGCAGGGGCCUUAAAAACUCUUUUGGAGGGCUGCUAGCUCUCUGUGUUUGACCUAUAAGCUAUGUAAUAAAAUGAUUUGCGCGUUUGUUAUGUAUGUAAUCGAAAACUGAAAGGUGCACUGAUGGCGCUAUUGGCGAUCCCCCUUGUCUAAAUCUCAAAAAGCUGUGGUAACAGAAAUGUUUUAUUCCAUUUUGGGCAUCUGUAGUUAUUAGUUGAAGCUUCUCACCUGAGAGCGAUGGUUGUUCUUCUCUGUAAUGCACAUCAUAUGGUGCGAGGAAACUAUGUGACUUAGCUAGAAAAGUUUCAUUUCAACUUUUUGUAUUGUUAAAUGUUUUUCCUCGUUUUAUCUGAAGCGUCUGAUAUUGAUCUUAUGAUAUUUUAAAAAAAACAUGCUCUUUUUAAGUGUAACCUCGGGUAGUGGAGUAUAGCGGGACACUCCUGUGUGAGCAGAAUAAAGGGAAAUGUGAUUGCUUAGUAGGACACAAUUGUAAACACUAUUUUCCUUUGGUUUGAAGCUAAAUGCUGCUGAAUGACUUGCGUAAGAAAUUAUCAGAAGUUCUUGCAACAACAAACAACAGUUUUUCUUUUUAAAUUAUUGAUUGUACAGUUCUCGGUGUAUGAAAAGCAACGACUUUUUCACAAUAAAAUUGAUAAUGUUAUCAUUGUAACAA